AUGGGCAAGGCCCUCGCCGGCGACAUGGUGCUCGUCAUGUCCGUCUGGGGACGACCACGCCAGUCAACAUGCUCUGGCUCGACUCCACCUGGCCCCAUCGACGGCGCCGGCAAGCUCGGUGCUGAGCGCGGUGCCUGCGCCACCACCUCGGGUGUCCCCGCCGAGGUCGAGGCCCAGGUGCCCAACUCCAACGUGAUGUUCUCCAACAUCCGCUUCGGCCCCAUCGGCUCCACCGUUGCUGGCCUGCCCGGCGGCGGCACCAACCCCGGCACCCCCGGCACCAGCACCAGCACCAGCGUCCCCUCCAAGACCUCCUCCGUCUCGACCGGCCCUACUGGCGGCGCCAAGUCCCCCCACUACGGACAGUGCGGUGGCAACGGCUACACCGGCCCGACUGAGUGCGAGGCUCCCUGGACCUGCAAGAAGUCCAACGACUGGUCUAGAAAUUGUGGCGGGAAGCCGGCCUCUGAAUCCCAAGCCGCCACAUCAGCAGGGUCCAUAUCCGGGUUCUGGGAAAUACUGAUCCAAAAGAUUCUGCAGCCGAUAUCAGCAGCCAUCUCAACCAUUUCCCCAAGCCGAAAGAAACUCACCCAGUCUGGCGCCGUAGCGCCAUCGAUCACAUCAGGCAUGAAUUCCGCGUACGGCAAGCCAGGGUCAGCAGCGGGGAGCGUUGACGAUGCCCCCGAGCUGUCAAUCAACACUACCCCCCGGGGCCCUGAAGGAGGCGGCGGGGAUAGCGGCGCGCCAUGCUGCCGCCCCAGCAAGGCCUCGGCAUUCUUCCUCUCCGACACCUUGCGCAGCAUCAAAUCCAGCGCAAACGUCGCCGUAUGCGCCUCGGGCGACAGCGUGCUCGUCGCCGCCCACACGGCCCGCGACGUCUGCAGCGCGCGACCCCGACCGUCACCCUGCCGCCACCUCUCCACCCUCCUCAACCUAACCAACAAAUCCAAACACAACACCAUUGCCGCCAACAAAAAAGAAUGCGCCAUCAACGACAUCAGCAUCCACCGCUCCUGA